CCAAAGAAGAAUAGUUAUCUCUAGAAUUGUGAGUGAUAAGUUUCCGAACACGAUUUUCACUUUGCUGGAAAAUCCUGAUAGUUUCGCGAAAAAAAAAAUGAUGUGUAAAGUGAUAUGUUGUGUACUGGCCAUUGCAAUAGCCAGCGGAUUGGUGACGGCGCAAGUGGAGUUUCGGAAACCAUGUCCAGAUAUGCCAGCCGUGCAAAAUUUUAAAAUCAACGAGUUUGGAGGUCGUUGGUUUGAGUUGGCACGUUAUGACCAUCCCCUUGUAGCUGGAGGCGAGUGCGUCACCAUGGACUUCCGUGUGGACAAUCAAACAGUAACAAUGGAAAGCACUUUGAGGAGAAAAGACAAUGGUAAUCUGAAAGCACCGGAGACAUUCAAUAUCGUUGGUGAAUUUAAAAAACCGUACGUGGGCUCAUUCAAUCUUUCACAUCCAGCAUUAGAUUCAAAAGCAGAGCAUCAUAUUAUCUCAACGGAUUACAAGAACUAUGCUCUCAUAUGGCGCUGUGAUCAAAUUAACAACACUUUUUCGAGAGAGAAUGCCUGGCUUCUGGCCAGGACACGACAAUUGACCGGAACAAUUAAUCAAACCAUUGAAGGAUACAUAAGCGCCGUUUUGAGCCCGAAUGAUUUACAUAGAACCUUGCAGAACGAAACAAUAUGCCAAUCUGCCGGGAAUAUUGUGAAGGUGUUCAGUACUUUCAUUCCAAUACUGAUUGCGUUGCUUCAAUCCUUCAAGUUCUAAAGUACAUGUAAGAGUUGUUACUAUUUCGUAUAAAUUGUAAUUCUUUAAAAAUAAAUUAUUAUAGAUAGAGUGAA